AUGAAGGGCCUUGCAACCAUUCUCGUUUUAGCUAUGUACUCAUCGUUAGUACUAGCGGAUCUUCCUCAUUACACCACCUACAAAAGUUUUCAAACUGCAUUCUACGAAUGUGCUGAAUACUAUCGAGUUCCGAACUGCACCGUUCGACGGUACAUCGAACAAUCCUAUCCACCGGAGGACGAAGUGAAGAAACUUAUCCGCUGCACGCUGAUUGAUUUGGGCAGCUGGGAUGAUGCCAGUGGUGUGCGUGAAUAUGUACUUAGGAAUUACUUCGUUCCUUCGCCGGAUGACACCUGCUACGAAAGACGGACCCGUGAAUGUCUCGCCAACCUGGACUACUACUGUGACCUCUCGCGUGCCUACGAAUCAUUCAAGUGCUUCUAUCGCUACUAUGGAGAACUUGUCACGGAUGAUAAAUUCGUUCCCAACGAACAGUUGGAAUUGCAACAGCUUGCUCUUACUAGUCUAACCAUCGCUAAUCUUCCCUACGAAGUUCUUGUUCAAUACUGCAAAGGUGACAUAGAAGGUGAACAACAUUUCCCAGAAUUACUGUUCCUAAUCCUGGUACGAGGUGGAUACUACAGCACACAGAACGGUUGGAAUCUGGCAAAUUGGUACACUCAACUUGGCGACGAUUCGUUGUUGGAUCCUUACACACAGCAGUGCAUCGAUGAUGUUGCGAAGGAGAAAUGCAACGCCGACGAAGUCGAAAAGCUGUUCACCACCUGGCAGAGAUGUUUGUCACAGUACACUCUCAUUUCACAAUACAUCCAGCAAGCAGCCAAGACACUGGUCGGUGAUCCAGAUGGUUGUAUUUGCACGAACGCCCUCUAUAAUGGAAACUAA